CCCUUGUUUUCGCUGCCACCCAAAUUGGCCAUGCUCGUCCUCUUCACCGCCCUGACCUGUGCAUGGUCCGCACCGUUGCCGGUGCCUGCCACCGUGCGCUCGGAGGGAGGACGGCUGGACAUCGUCCUGACCUUGGAACGCGCCACCAUCAUCACCUCGACUGGCGUGACGCUGAAGACCCGGGCCUUUAAUGGGACCGUGCCGGGACCCACCAUCCGCUUGAAGCCCGGGGACGAUUUGACGGUCCACUUCAAAAACCAGCUGCCGGACCAGGGAAGCGCGUACGUGCACAACCAAUUCUCGGCAGCAGAUGAGUCCAACGUGCACUUCCAUGGGCUGCAUGUCAGUGGUGAGUUACCUUCCGAUGAUUCCACAGUGCCUGUUUUGCCAGGUCAGGAUAUGGUUUAUCAAACCUCACUGCCGGAUGACCACAUGGCUGGCACCCAUUGGCUCCAUCCUCAUCGGCAUGGCUCUACUGCGUUGCAGGUGGCGGGUGGGGCAGCGUUGGCCCUAAUUGUGGAAGAUGCUCCAGGAACGCUGCCAGCCCAAGUGGAAGCCGCGCCCGAAGUGCUGAUGGUCGUGAUGCAGAUCGAUCUCGAAAUGACUCAGCGCAUUGCGUCCCGCGCCGGCGACUCCUGGUUUCAGCUCUCCGAUGGAUCGCUUCAGGCCUUGGUCAAUGGUGAGGUGAACCCGAGCAUCGCGGUGGCUGCGGGAGAAUGGACGCGAUUUCGAGUGAUCUAUGCUGGCUGGUUGGCAGAGGCGCUGAACUUCAAUGUUGGAUGUGAGAUGGUCCUCUUGGCCAAGGAUGGUAUCUACAUCCGCGACUUCCCCCGCACCUUGACCGGCGCCGCGCCCAUCCCCGCGGGCGGCCGCGCGGAUUUGAUGCUGCGCUGCCCCGAGGCGAACGCCGAGUAUCCGGUGACCUGGGGUGGAAACACCAUCGCCACGGUGAUCACUGGAGAGAUGAAAGCCACGGCGGACUUGGAAUCCUGGAGCCCCAGCUACCCCAGCUACCUGGAGGAUUUACGCAGCACGGAAGUUUCGCCCAACUGUUCCUGUGAGACCCGACUCGAUCGAGAGGAGGUCAACGGACACCUUUUCGAAGAGGACUUUGUGCUUCACCAGAGCUUCCUGGGUGCAGUGGUGGAGCGUUCCUUGAGUGCCCGGGGCCACCCGUAUCAUCAGCACGUCUACCCAUUCCAAGUCAUCUCCGGCUUCGGAAACAGCGAACAGGGCGGGCGAACGCGUGGCGGACAAAGUGAUGGUGCGGCCAAUUAUGAGAUGCCGGGAGACUGGCAUGAUACCAUUGCAGGGACUGGAGUUGUGAGGUACCAGCCUUCUAGAUUCGCAGGGAAGGUGAUGGUUCACUGCCAUCGACUGGACCAUGAAGACCAAGGAAUGAUGAGCAUGGAAGUUGUGAGGGACAAUGGUCCCUGCACUUGCGGUUCUUCAGCUGCCACAAGAUGGAUAGUACCCCUUCCGCUUCUCCUCACUUUGGUGGCUGGUUUCAAGUAUCUUUAAUUGUCCCGUUCUAUUUGGGAUGAUGAUCCCUGAUUUUCAUAUACACACAUGAAAUAUC